UUCUAGCACCGCCCUCCUCUCCUGGCUCCCUCUCGGAGUGGCUGCAAGGUGGCGAAGGCAAACUUCCCAUUGGCCGCAGGACACCGACAUCCGGUGAGCCCUUCGGGCAGGCGGGCCCCGCGGCAGCCAUGGUGCGGUUCAAGCACAGGUACCUGCUCUGCGAACUGGUGUCCGACGACCCCCGCUGCCGCCUGACUCUGGAGGACCGAGUACUGGUCGGCCUGAUUCGGGACACGAUCGCACGGGUGCACGGGACCUUCGGCGCGGCCGCCUGCUCCAUCGGUUUCGCAGUUCGAUACCUCAAUGCUUAUACCGGAAUAGUGCUGCUUCGAUGCCGAAAGGAAUUCUACCGGCUGGUGUGGUCAGCGCUUCCCUUCAUCACGUAUUUGGAGAGCAAAGGACACCGUUACCCUUGUUUUUUCAACACGUUACACGUGGGAGGUACAAUCAGAACAUGUCAGAAGUUCCUGAUUCAGUACAACAGGCGACAGCUGUUGAUCUUGUUACAGAACUGCACUGAUGAAGGAGAGCGGGAAGCUAUCCAGAAGUCAGUGGCGAAGAGCUGUUUACUAGAGGAGUCGUCUGAAGAGGAAGGGGCUUCCGACAGCGGAGGUGAGGAAGCUGCUGAAGCAAUGGCGUCGUGAACUGCUCAGACUGGGUGGCAGCCAGCCAGGGCUCGAUUUUCCAGCGUGAACUGGAGGCCACACUCAACUGAAACCCUGGAGUUGCUUUUACAGAGUGUUUCUGGUUAAGUGGUUCUGCGGGUUGUAAAGGCUCUACACUUGUGGAUAGUCUUGUAUCUAAUUACUUGUCUAAUUUGGUUUCUAUAGCAUUGAGCAUAAUAACAAAAGGGCUUAUACACUUCA